UUGCGAAUGUUGUCCCUGGAUUUACCUCUUCCACUCGUCGUAACAAUUAGCAAUAAAUAGCUGCACGUGUUUCAGUCCAAUAAUUACAACCCCUAGCCCCCGAGGGGAUGAACUGGACCCUAAACCCUCACGUGUUCAGAUGUUGAAAUUGCAUUUUGGGAGUUGAGACGUCGAGGGGGUGCACGGGAAUGACAGAUUGAGUGCCAUCCUAGGAUUUUGAGUAUCAUCAUCGCUUCGAUGCAGGGGAAAUACGGGGGUGAGAGCCAGGAAGUCGAUGAUCUCGGCAUGAUGAAUCUCCGGGAGCUGCUCACCGAGCCGCCGCUCCUCCAGGCGAUUUUCCUCGGCAACGUCCAGGAGAUCCGUACCCUCCUCUCCAACCAAGAAGACAUUCACUGGCAGGACGACAAACACCGGACACUGCUGCACGCAGCGGCCUUCAUCGGCGACCCCGACAUAGUAGAAACCCUAAUCCUGAACGGUGCAGGAGUCAACAAGAAAGACAAACGUUGGUUGACACCCCUGCACCGUGCCUGCUGCUCGGGCAACGAGUCAACAGUUGAAGUCCUCCUGAAGCACGAGGCUGCUGUCAACGUGAGAGACAGAAGAUGGCAGACUCCCUUGCACGUGGCAGCAGCCAACAAUGCAGUCCAAUGCGCGAAACUGAUAAUCCCUCGAUUAGUCAACAUAAACCUGACAGAUCGAGGGGGAAGGACGUGCUGGCACCAUGCGGCCUUCAACGGUCACGUAGAGAUGAUGGAACUGUUUCUCUCCCAUCAAGACUGCGUCGUGAACGCCAGAGACAAAAAAGACCGCCGAGCCCUGCAUUACGCGAGUCACAUGGGCCACGAGACAAUCGUUAAACUUCUCCUGGACAAUGGGGCUGAGGUAGACGUGCGGGAUCGUGAUCUUUACACGCCCCUUCACGCCGCCGUGGCAGCAGGCAAAGUCGAGAGCAUAAGGAUUCUGAUCGAAGCUGGAUCUGACAUCGAGGCGAAGAAUGUUUACGGUAACACGCCUCUGCACGUCGCCUGUCUCAACGGGCACGUGGACGCGGUUGCCGAGCUGGUGAGAUGCGGCUCGAACAUCGAGGCUGCCAACUACAGGGGCCAGACACCUCUGCACGUGGCAGCAGCCAGCACCCAGGGGGUGGACUGUUUAGAGAGCUUGCUGAGGGCUGGAGCGAGGAUCAACGUGCAGUCCCAGGACGGAAGGACUCCCCUCCACAUGACGGCCAUUCACGGUCGUUUUACCCGUUCAAAAAGCCUCCUAGAUGCCGGAGCAUCACCAGACACUCGCGAUAAAAACGGUAACACUGCCCUGCACAUUGCAGCAUGGUUUGGCCACGAGUGUCUGACCACAACAUUGUUAGAGUGUGGUGCCUCCCCAGGGGCGAGAAAUGCCGAGCAAAGGACCCCAUUACACCUUAGUUGUCUUGCUGGCCACAUUGAGGUGUGUCGAAAGCUCCUUCAGGUAGACAGUAGAAAGAUUGACUCGAGAGACAUUGGUGGAAGGACCCCUCUGCACUCGGCAGCCUUCGAGGGCUCCGUAGACUGCCUAGACCUUCUGUUAUCAAGUGGCGCCAAUUUCAGGCUAUCGGACAAUGAUAACAGGCUUGCCCUGCAUUAUGCAGCGAGUCAGGGACAUUAUUUGUGUGUUUUUACUCUGGUGGGUUACGGAAGCGACCCGAAUGCUCAGGAUGUCAAUGGCGCCACUUGUCUUCAUCUUGCCGCAGCUGCGCCCAAUCCGGCUGACAGCUCGGAUCAGUGUGUCAGGUACCUCCUGGAUCAUCGAGCUGAUCCCCAGAUCAGGGACAAGAGGGGAUUCACUUCGAUACACUACGCGGUUGCUGGGGGCAAUCAACCCGCGCUGGAGGCACUUCUCCAUGACUCGAGUUUAGGCGCAACGGUCGGAGGCAACUCCUCGAACCCCUCCCCGGUGCUCCCCUCGACCUCCCUCCCCCAGUUAGCGACCCUCCUCCCGCCGCAACCGGUCCUCCCCCCCCAGAACUCCCUGAACCCCUCGACAUCGGCUCUAACCCCCCUCCACCUAGCGGCGUACCACGGUCACGCGGAAAUCCUCCGUCAGCUCCUCCCCCUCUUUCCAAGCACAAACAUCCGCGAGGACACGGGUAAGACCCCCCUCGACUUAGCCAGCUACCGCGGUCACGAGCAAUGCGUCCGCCUUCUCCUGCGGUGUGCGGCCCUCGUCUCAGUCCAAGAUAAUAUCACCCGCCGUACGCCCGUCCACUGUGCCGCAGCCAUGGGCCACACCGAAUGCCUGAAACUCCUCCUCAAGUCCACUGAAGACGCCUCAGUCGUGGACAGAUGCGACGCGAAGCAUCGAACUCCCCUGACCCUCGCGGUUGCCAAUCACUUCCCCGAUUGCUCCUCCCUUCUCCUAAAAUACAAGGCUGACUGCAAUCUUCCGGACGUCAACAAGCACACGCCCCUCUUCCGGGCGGUCAUCCACGAGGUGGACCUCCCGGUGGUGGAGAUGCUGCUGCAGCACAAUGCGCGGGUCUCCCCGCAGGACUCAAACGGAAAGACUCCGCUCCAUCUGGCGGCCGCUUGUGGUAAUGUGUCAGCUCUGGCGGCCCUCGUUAAAGCCGACUCAUCCGCGGUGGGCCUUAAAGACGAUCAGGGCUGCACGGUGCUGCAUUGGGCCUGUUACAACGAGAACGCCAAGUGCGUUGAGUAUCUGCUUGAGUCAGGGCUGAUAGACACUCUGGAGGGAAAUCCCUUCUCGCCGGUUCACUGCGCUGUUCACCAGGGCUCGGCGCACUGUCUGGAGCUUCUGAUAAAUAAAUUCGGGGGACAGGCGGUGGCCGUCCCGAGGGAUACACCUGGCGGACGGCUUCCGCUGCACAUCGCGGCUUCCGCGGGCUCCGUCGAGUGCGCCAGAUUGAUUCUGGCGUCGGUGGGAACUGAGGCCGGGGGACUAGAGGCGCAGGAUUACGCGGGACGCACGCCGUUGCUCAGCGCUGCUGUCACGGGGCAGACGAACACCAUUGAACUGCUGUUGGAGUGGAAGGCUGAUGUCAGGGCGGUCGACUCUGGCAGCAAUACGGCUCUUCAUCUGGCUUGCCAGAGGCGGCAUUCCACCGCUGCUUCGCUCUUGCUGGAUAGGAUCGAGGCGAUGGUGAAGGACGGGGAGGCCGGACAGAAGGGCCAGAUGCACAUGAUGCAGAUUGUUAAUAUGGUUAAUAAACAGCAGAGGACGCCGUUGCAUCUCGCUGCUAGGAAUGGACUGGUCGGGGUCACCCGGAGACUUCUUCAGCUGGGGGCGAGUGUCUUCGCGGUGGACACUGACGGAUUAACCCCGGCUCUGGCCUGUGCACCUAAUCCAGCUGUUGCCAAGUGUUUAGCUACGAUCUUAGCUGCUCAUGGCCAAAAUUGGGAAUCAACUCAACAGUCUCCAUCCAUCCAACAAACGUCCGAAGUUUAUCUUAAUGGAAGAGUCGGUGAUUCACAGCACAGUUCAGAUUCUGAAUUCUACUGACGUCAACUAACGCGUUCACACGCUGAUUUUUUAUGAAUGAUUGAGAUAAUGGAGAAAUUGGUGAUUGACUCUUAGCUUUUUAAUCGGUCUAAGUGCUUUCGACGCCUGCGAUUUGUGCGGAUGGAAUUGGUAUGUUUUUUAUCCUCAUAAUGUAGAAGAAUGGAGAAACAAUAUUUUCUAUAAGGUAAUGACGAUAAUUUUUGUUUUCUCGUUUUAAUAAUUCUUUUUUUUGUACUAGAAUACAAAGAUCUCUCGCUUUUGCGAUGUGAAUAAUGUUAAUGGAGUUUAUAAUAGCCGGUUGAAUUUUUUAUAUGAAUCAAAAUAGUUAUUGAUACUUAAUUGAGGACACCGGCAUGCUCAAUAAUGCUCUUCGAUUGUUUAGUUUUUAUCGGGUGGGUAAAUGCAAUCAGUGGUAUCGUUUCAUGUCGUAACGAUUGGCUUGAAUAAAAAAUUGUGAAAUAAUGUGAGUCCUUUGGGAUGAUAAUUCCCCACCGUAGGGAACUUGCGUGAUUUUUUGUAUUGUUUUAGCCUUAAGGAUAUCCAUGUACUUUGGCCAUUUUUUUCCAGUGAAAAGCUUUUCUACUUUUGUCGUCAAACAUCAGAGCUUUCAUUUGACACCCAUUUGACGCUAAGUUUCAGGACAUUUUACAAAGAUUUUAUUAUUUAAACUUUGCAGGUCUGAAUUUGAAUCUUGAUAUUGAAC